CGUAGCAACAAAGUGAUGCGUUUUCAUUUUGCUAUUCCUAUGAACACAUCUUAGAAGACGACGACGAUCUCGGUGGAGGAGCUCCAUAGCAAGCGUUACUCAUGGAGGAGAAGUUUAAAGAUAUCGGCACUCCGCCGCCGGCGAGCUUCUCAACCCCGCAGAAGGCGGCGGAGGCCCCACCUUCGGACCCGCCCACUUCUCGGCGAAGGGGCGGGGGCCAGAAGCGGAAAGCAAGCGCCUUAGGCAGCGCUGGAACUUCCACUCCUCUUUCUACUUCCUCGAAGCGCCAGGCUCGCGAGAAGGCGCCGGCGGUGCCCUUUCCUCCGAUCCACAACGGUCCGUGCACCAGAGCUCGACAGCAGCCCAGCAACGCCGCUUCCGUCGCCUCACCCUCAAAUUCAGGCGUUCGCAGCGAGGCAGAUGCGGCGCUGCUGCAUAGAGUUGGAGGGGGGGAGCUGCGGAAGACCGAGGAAGUUUCAAUUGAAGCGAAGGAGGAUUUGGAGGCGUUGGAGGCAAAAAUUGAAGCCGAAUUUGAAGCAAUUAGGUCUCGAGAUGCUAAUGCUCAUGUGGUGCCGAGUCAUGCUGGUUGGUUUUCUUGGACAAAAGUUCAUUCAUUGGAGGAGCAAACAAUGCCGUCCUUCUUUAAUGGGAAGUCUCCAAACAGGACUCCUGAAAUGUACAUGGAGAUACGCAAUUUGAUCAUGAGAAAGUAUCACGCAGACCCAAACACUCGUAUUGAAGUGAAGGAUUUGUCUGAGCUCUCUACUGGUGUGUUGGAGGCAAGGCAAGAGGUGAUGGAGUUUCUGGACUACUGGGGUUUGAUCAAUUACCACCCUUUCCCACAACCUGAUUCUGCUAUGAAUGUUGAUACCAAUGUAGAGGAAGCACCAAAGGAUGAUUCUUUACUGGAUAAGCUGUUCCGCUUUGAAUCAGAGGCAACGUGGACACCAGUUGUUCCCAGGGCAAACAUGACCACUCCAGCUCUGACAUCUGGGCUAUUUCCCGAGUCUACUUUGAUUGAAGAAUUGGGGAAGUCUGAGGGCCCUUCAGUUGAGUAUCAUUGUAACUCCUGCUCGGGUGAUUGCUCCCGUAAACGUUAUCAUUGCCAGAAGCAGGCAGAUUUUGAUUUAUGUACAGAAUGCUUCAACAAUGGGAAGUUUGACCGUGAUAUGGCCCCCUCAGAUUUCAUUCUUAUGGAGCCUGCUGAGGCUGGUGGUGCAAGCAGUGGGAAGUGGACUGAUCAGGAGACACUCCUUCUCCUUGAAGCAUUAGAACUUUACAAAGAAAACUGGAAUGAGAUUGCUGAGCAUGUUGCAACAAAGACAAAAGCUCAGUGCAUCUUGCAUUUUGUUGAAAUGCCAAUUGAGGAUAUGUUCUUGGAUGGUGAUAAUAAAAUUGAUGGCAUUUUGAAUACUGAUGUUUCAGUGAAUGAUGACAAUUCUGCAUCUAAAGGUGGUCCCGAGACAACGGAGAGUAAGGAAUCUAAGGAUGAUGGAAAUGAGAAUCAGCCUGCAUCCUCAUCAAUUGAAGCUUUGAAGCCGGAUGAUGUAAAUGAUUCAAAUGCUGAACAGGAAUAUGGCGAGAACAUUGCACUCAAGGCUCUUAGGGAAGCAUUUGUAGCUAUUGGUUCUUUUCCUUCACCUGGGGAACGUCUUUCAUUUGCUGAAGCUGGCAAUCCUGUAAUGGCAUUGGCAGCUUUCCUGGUAAAAUUGGUGGAAGCUAAUGUAGCUACUGCCUCUGUGCGUAGCUCUUUGAAAGCUGUUUCUGGUGAGCAAUUAGCUGCCAGGCACUGUUUUCUUUUAGAAGAUCCUCCUGAUGACAAGAAAUCAUCCAACUCUGAUAGAGCUGUUACUGAUUCAACUGAGCCUGAAGUGCAGCAGGAUGAGCAGCGGAAUAAUAAACAGCAUGAAGAGCCUAACUUAGUUAACGGUAAAAUUGAUUCUUCUGUUGAACAGAAUAAAGAGAAUAAGCAAGCAGAAGAGAAUAAUGAAAAAGGAGAAACCAUGGAGAAAAAGAAACAGAGUGAAGCUGGGGAGAGCAGUGUUAAGGGACAAGGAGAAGAAACACUUUCUCAUUGUGAACAUUCAGAAAAAUCCGAGUCCAGAAAGGGAACUGAUGUAAAGGUUAAUGACAUGGUUGUUGAAUCACUUCAUGUGAAUGGAAGAGAUGAAGCAGAUCUGCAAAAGCAAGAAACACCAAGUACCGGUGAAGGUUCUGAUACUCAAAAAUCAAAAGUGGAGCCACCUUCCAGUUCAACAAAGGAGUGUGAAGAUGGAGCGUCAGUGGCCAUACCAUCUCAUUCUGUGGAUUCUCCAAAAGACGAGGAUAUGAUGCCUGCCACAGAAAAGAAAGAGCCUGAGCAAUCCAUGUCGAUGGUUGAAAACAAAGUUAAAUCAACAGGUGAAGAAAAAGAGUGCAAGAUUGAGAAGAAAGAUGCUUCAAAUAAAAAUGAUCUCGAUAUUGAUAAGAUUAAGCAUGCUGCAGUCACUGCUUUGUCAGCUGCAGCAGUGAAGGCAAAGUUUCUUGCAGAGCAAGAAGAAGAUCAAAUUCGGAAGCUUGCUACAUCAUUAAUAGAAAAACAGUUACACAAGCUGGAGACCAAGUUGGGCUUCUUCAGUGAGAUGGAGAACACCUUAGUAAGGGUUAGAGAACAGUUGGAUAGGUCAAAACAGAAACUUUUCCAUGAGAGAGCACAGAUAAUUGCAAGCCGAUUUGGCAUUUCUGGAUCCUCAGCUCGUCCCAUGUCACAACCAUUACCUGCCAACAAACCUGGAAUGACUUUUCCUGGGGCAGCUCCUAGGCCGUUAACUGGCAUGGGCUCUGCAAUAAGGCCGCCAAUUUCAAGGCCCCUGAUGGCAUCAAUGCCUGCUCCCAGCUCAUUUAUGCCCACAGCAGUUGCAGGUAGUUCAGUACAACCUUCAAACACAGACAAGGUCUCAUCGGUUGGGAAUAAGUAAUCGUCAUUCUCAUGGAUCCGUUUUAGUUUUAUUAGCGACAAGCCUGGAAACUCCCUCCUUACCCCUUCUCAUUGUGAUUAUACAGAUUCUUUGUGUUGCUUUUGAACCCCGGUUGGCCAGAGUGGUCGGUCUCAGUAGUGAAAUGCAACAAGCGAUGUAGUAUGGACUCUAGUUAUGGCAUUCAGCAUUAGCAGGUUGCAGUUAAUUUUUCGGAGCCUGGCAUCUUGGAAUAGGCAAAAUCUUCCUAUAUUGUGUCGGACUUCGUGUAGUAAAACCUCAUAUGAUUCUUGUAGUCGCAUGUAUGUGCUAGUAUAUGUAAAACUAGAAGCUUUGGAAUGAACAUUUUGAGAUAUUUAUAGUAGCAGUAGCUUUGGUACAUUGUACUGCUUUCUGUCACCUUAAGAAUCAUAGCAGUCGGAUGUUUCAUUGUACUGUAUUUUUAAGCAUGUUAAUUGAGCAGAUCUACAAUGUUAUGAAAA